UCACGGAUGAGAAGAAGGGGGGGGGGAAAGGAACCUGGAGGUCAUGUGUGGGAGGUAAACCCCCCCCCGGAAAAUAUUUUAAAAAUACUUUUUUUUAACCCCAAUACAGGUAAGUCCUCGACUUACGACGCACAGGUGAAUCCAGAACUGUUUUUGCGAAGCGAGACGCCAGUAGGAUCGAUGCAGUUGUUUAUAGUUUUAAAGUUAAGGCACCAAGCUAGAAAAAGGAAGAACGGGAGUUGUCCUGCCAGAGAUGCGAAAGCCUGCUGGGUGACUUUGUGUCAGUCACCAGGAGACGUUAUAGGACCUCAGUGAAUGCCCAGCCGUGCCAACCUUUGGAGCCGAUCCAUUGUGGACUCAUCCUGCAAAUGGUCGUAUAAAGAACUGAUAACUGAAGAUACAAAGCUUUCUCCGAUUGCCGUUGCAAGACAGAUACGCCACAACGUGAACAAAGCAGACAGAGGAUGGACCCAGAUAUCUCCUUACUGUUCAAGUGCCCGGCUUUUGGGGGUAUCCCCGAGUCUCACGUCCGAGUAGAACUUUCCCCCCUGUACGACCGGAAAUCGCUGCCCACGGAUCAGGUCGAAAUCGACAGUGUCUGGGCAGCCCGUUGCCAGCAGAACCCGUGGCUUUUCGACGGGGCCAAAUUUCGCCUCCACUCAGUCAAGCUGGAUGGGAGCAUUCUGACUUUCCACCUGGGGCUUACCAGCUAUAAGGACUUCGUGGGUACCAACUUGGCAGAGGCAGCCAGGCAGCUCCGGGAACAGGGGCACAAGGACUUUGGGAACAGCCAAGCCUACCUCGCCGAGCCCCUGGGUGUGGGUGCCAUGGUGCACACAGCAGACGACAAUUUUGUCUUCCUGCGACGCAGCCUGUGCGUGGGGGAAGCCCCAGGGAAAAUAGACGUUCCUGGGGGACACCCAGAGCCUCAGGCUGUGUUAGGAAACGACGCUUCGUUGGGAUCCUUGAUUCAACAUCAGGAUCUCCCGGGGGAUCUGGUGGUCAGGGAACUGUUCUCUUCUGUGCUUCGAGAGAUCCAGGAUGAGGUGAACCUUCAACCAGCCACUCUCAGCAGGCCCGUUUUGCUUGGCAUCGUUCGGAAUGAAACUACAGCGGGCCGGUGCAGCGCCGAAUUCUACGUCAGGUGCAGCCUGACAUCGGAGGAAGUGAAGCGGCAUUACGCUCUGGGGGGACCAGAAGCUCAAGAAUCCGUCAGCAUCACCUUUGUCAGCCGAGAGGAUGUCCUGUCCAUGGAGCAGCAGGGCGAGUGGUGGAGUGAACUCUGCCCAUCAGCCAAAGGGGCCGUGAAACUUUACACGGAGGUCCUGGGAGCGCAUCAGUAAAAGCCCACCGAUAGAGACUCACUCUCUCCAGGACUGCUCAGAACCUCUUUACCAAAACAUCAAAUGCCACAAAUUCACCGGUUCCUGCUUUUCCACGUAGGAGGGCCGUUAUGCCAAGACUCACCCCCCCCACCUCUCUCUCUCUCAAAAAAACAAACUGGUAAGGACUUCCAGCUCCUAAAACUGUG